GGUGACUGGUGAGUUUCGUCAAAGACAUGCCGCCAUGUACCGCAGAAUUGGCUAUAAACUUGGAUCUGAUGAGACAUUGAAUUCAUCACUACAAUGAAGGCCUCUAUCGCUAUACCUGACUCUCCAUCAAGUCUCUGGUUAACCGUCCGUUCGGUUGGCGCAUUCAAUGUCGCUUGUUCAUUUGCAGCACUGUGGGCUUUCGUCAAAGUAAUAAGGGUACUUCGCUGGCGACUCAGGACCACUCAACUCCGUGGUCCACCUCGUACCAGCCUCGUAUAUGGUGUUUCGAACGACCUCGUCUCAUCUAAAGACAGUGCUACAAUGUAUGAACAUUGGGCUCAGGAAUAUGGGGUAGCAUACAUGAUUCCCUCAGUCCUCGGACAGACCAGAAUCGUUCUAAGUGACCCAAGAGCCAUCGCACAUUUUUAUGCUCGAGAAUCAUGGACCUAUGUACAGACGCCCCUGUCUCUGACAUUGAUAGAGAACCUGGUUGGCAGAGGGGUACUAUGGUCUCAGGGGGAGAGUCACAGGAGGCAGCGGAAGGCCCUUACUCCGGCGUUUAGUAAUGCAGCUAUUCGAAAACUCACAUCAGUAUUUUAUGAUUCAGCAUAUAAGGUAAAGAGUGUGUGGGAUACCGAUCUACAAUCGAGCAAAGAUGGGAAUGCAGUGAUUGAAGUUCAAAACUGGAUGAAUCAUAUUUCUUUGGAUACGAUUGGCAUUGCUGGUUUCUCCCAUGAUUUUGGCUCACUCGACGGAAAGCAUGCCAGCGUUACGGAAGUCUUUGAUACUUUCGGAAACAAGCCAAAGGUCUCAGCACUCAACAAAGUUCUUUUCCUGCUCGCGUCGGCGUUUCCUAUCGUUACCAAGAUUCCUAAUAGCCGGGUAAAACUGACCAAGAAACUCAACGCCACCAUGGGUGAAAUAUCCAAUGACUUGUUGGUUCGCAGUCGCCGGGAGAAACAGGUAGAAGAAGAAAAAUCCAUCAUCGGACUGCUGAUCAAAGCUGAAAAUCAGGAUGCCGAGCUCCGUAUGUCCGAGGACGAAGUAUUGGCUCAGAUGAAGGUCUUACUUCUCGCGGGUUACGAAACGACGUCGAUCAGUCUUACAUGGGCGCUGAUCGAGUUAUCGCGACACCCCGAUGUUCAAACCAGACUCAGAGAGGAACUGCUUACAUUUGGUGCUGAUCCGACAUAUGACCAAUUAAAGGCUAACCUUCCAUAUUUGGAUGCGGUUGUCCAUGAAAUUCUACGACUCCAUCCUCCGGUAGUUGAGUUCAGUCGUGUUGUGAGUACACUUAUCUGUCUGUCCAUAGAGACUCUGAAAGUAGAUCUACAGGCACGCGUAGAUGACGUGAUUCCCCUGAGUGAACCUGUGUGCACGGGGUCCGGGAAAAUGACGGACAGUAUAUCUAUAGCGAAGGGAUCCUUGUUCGUCAUCCCAAUCGAGGCAAUCAAUCGCUCUUUGGCCAUCUGGGGACCUGACGCAAAAGAAUUCAAGCCUGACCGUUGGCUGACCGAGGAUGGUAUUACUGGGAAGGCCAAGGAAGUCCAAGGUCAUAGGCAUCUGCUGACAUUCGUCGACGGCCCGAGGACGUGUCUUGGAAAAGAUUUUGCGCUUGCGGAAUUCAAGGCGGUUUUAUCGGUUCUGGUGAAGAACUUUGUGUAUGAAAUGCGGGAUGGACCAGAUACUCAGGUCGAGAUUGCGAGGGGAAUUUUGCCUCGUCCACGGGUUGUUGGAGAGGACAGUAUUGGAGUGCCUUUGAGAGUUCGUCGGUAUGAGUAAUUGGUUGGACCACUGGCGGGUUCAGAUAUUUUG